AUGUCUGGGUCAGCGGCCCUUGAGUACGGGUUUCCAAGCACACAUUCUACCAAUGCCGUGUCUGUAGCGCUGUAUGGAAUUCUAUCUCUCCGCUCUACUCCCGAUGUAUCAACCACCCUGCGACUCUCUCUCGAAGCUUUAGCAUGGGUAUAUGCAAUUUCCAUUGUAUUAGGACGACUGUAUUGCGGUAUGCACGGAUUUCUAGACGUCAUUGUCGGUAUUUGCCUCGGCGCUGUUCUCGCGAUUGUAGAUUGGGUAUCUCGGGAUGCGGUUGAUGCAUUCGUCUUCAGCGGGUCUUGGCAGGUUCCUGUAGUCUUUAUUGUGGUGGGCUUGAUUAUGGUUAGGAUACAUCCUGAGCCUGCUGAUUCCUGCCCAUGCUUCGAUGAUGGGGUUGCAUUCGCUGCAGUGGUUAUGGGGUGUGAUGUGGGGCACUGGCAUUAUGCGCAGAGCUCCUGGAGCUGGAACGAGCCCGUUCCAGCUACAGUCCCGUACUCAUAUGAAGAGCUUGGCUUGACGAAAAGUGUAUUAAGAGUGGUUGCCGGCGUUUGUGUUAUAUUUGCAUGGAGAGAAUUUAUGAAACCCACCUUACACCAUUUUUUACCUCCUCUUUACAGAGUAAUCGAAAGUAUCGGUUUAUCUUUACCACGAAAACAUUUUACACCAGCUUCUGAAUAUAAAAAGGUCCCACGUUUGCCCGAUGACACCCUUUUUGGUCUGAGUGAACUUCCUGCAUUGAUCCUCAACUUUCGUCGGCCGCGUUCUGACUCUGUCGGUCCCCAAUCCGCCGCUGAUGCUUAUGAAACGCUUGCAUAUCGAGAAAAGAAGCGCCGGGAAAGCAUUGGAACGAGCCAAUCCCGUUCUCCUUCUGUAUCCAGGGAUGUAGCAAACUAUGAGAACGAAAUGGGCAGUGGGAACGUCGAUGUUAAAGCGCUAGUUGUUGAUUCAGAUGAUGAAAAGGCAGAGGCAGAGGUCUUUAGGAAGAUCGAAAGGCCUAGAGUCAGGUAUGAUGUUGAGGUUGUGACAAAGCUCGUAGUAUAUGCUGGUAUCGCUUGGUUUGCGGUAGAAGGAAUUCCGAUAUUUUUGGAAAUAAUAGGGCUUGGGAUCGCCUCUCAUGGAUUUGAAGCGAGGUAG